GUCAAACUGUGAGUUAUUUAACUGAAAUUCUGAUUUAUUUUUACUAUCGGAUGUAUAUAUUUAGAUGUCACCAAGUCAUAAAGGAACCAUAAAUUUCGAUGUGAUUUUCACAAAAUUAAAUGACAAAGUGGUAGUUGGCUAAUUUAGAACAACGGGAAAGUGGUCACAACCAAACACAGAGUGCAGAAAAUAUUAAAAUGAAUAUUACUAUUGUGCAAUGAUCGACAAAUUUGCUUUUUGGAGUAUAAACAACGAAUAUACGUUAUAAAUGAAACAAAAUUAAAAAAGUAUUGCAAAUCAAGCAAAUUUAACCAGUUGCGCGUACAUUUUGGCGACAAAACAAUACAUAACUGAGAUGUUCUUACAAUUAGAACAAGUUUUGCUGGAUUUUAUCAGCCGGCGCAUUAGCAUUAGUCGAAACACAGUUAAAGCAACGGGAUUAAAACGCAAUUGCAAUCAUCCACACACACACACACAUCCGCAUCUAGGUAUGCAAGUGAGUGAAUUCGGUUAUAGCAGAUUCCCGAUUUUAUGUAAAUGAAGCUGGCUUAAAAUUGAACCGAAUCUGGUCUUAUAAAAGCGCCACCGAAUUUGGCAAACAGCAUCAGAAACAAUCGAGUGUUCUAGUCUAAUCCCCACACCUUUACAAAAUGUUCAAAUACGUACUACUCUUCGCUUUCGUCGCCUACGCCUCGGCCGCUGCUGUCAGCACCAGCUCCGAUGAUGCUCAUGCCGAAGUCAGUCUGCUGACAUACGAUGUCCGCGCCGAUGGCUUCGACUCCGCACUGGAGACCAGCAACAGCAUCCACGUCGUGCAACACGGUGAUGCAAAGGGCAACAUCAACGGCGAAUACGGCUGGAUAUCACCCGAAGGCGAACACAUCAGUGUCAACUACAUUGCUGACGAGAGCGGUUACCACCCACAGAGCGAGCUUUUGCCCACAGCUCCCCCAGUACCAGAAGCCAUUGUCAAGGCACUCGAAUACAUCGCUGCUCACCCCCCAAAGGAUGUCUCAAAGAACUAGAUCAAUUCCAUUAUAAAUUUUGAUAUUGUUACGCACUGAUUAUGAAAGAAUGUGGCCGAUUUCUCCGCAAACAAGAAUUGGACGAUGCUAAGACUUGGACGGCGAUAUGAGAAUCUAAUAUUUUCUAUUAUAGUUCCAUGUCUUCGUCGUCUAUUUCCGUUUUACGUUUAAUGUUUUGUAAACACAUAUGUACUAAAUGCAAAUAAAACACUCCACUUUAUUGGUAAACUCA